AUGAGCGCACCCAGCAUGCAGUGCGCGAGGUACUUGCACACGGCCGGACGUCGCGGGGCGCACGUGGCCAGCAUAGCGGCGCCCAGCGCGGAACAAACUUUCGCUCACGCUCUACCCUACAGCCGCGUACCAGGCCCGAGACCUCUUCCCUUGUUGGGGAACACUUGGAGAUUGCUUCCGAUAAUAGGCCAAUAUCAAAUAUCCGACAUAGCACGGGUAUCAGAAAUAUUUUACGAAAAAUACGGACGCAUUGUUCGCCUUGGAGGACUUUUAGGUAGACCAGAUCUUCUCUUCGUGUACGAUGCAGAUGAAAUCGAAAAGGUUUACAGAAACGAAGGACCUACUCCAUUCAGGCCAUCUAUGCCUUGUUUAGUUCAUUAUAAAGGAGUUGUACGAAAAGAUUUCUUUGGAGAUUUGCCUGGAGUAGUUGGAGUGUAA